AUGGAGGAAUCAUUAGUAGAUAAGCAAACUACGACCAUCUACCCUCCAUGUUGUCUUCGGAUUCUCCAUGAUAAGUUUAUUAUCCUAGGUACUUACGAAUUGGAAAAGAAAACAGGGUUUCGUGUUGGCUCAUUGGAUAUUCUGGAUGAUAACUUACAGGUUAUCCGUUCUCAUCCAACCUACGGAGCCAUUUUGGAUUUAAAGGUGAGCCCCUUUGAUGAAACAUUGUUAUGCUCUGGUCAUUCCACGGGAAAUGUUAUGCUUUGGAGGUUCUGUAAUGAUCAUUUGGAGUUGGUUACCAAUUUGCAAAUAUUUGAGAGCGAUACGCUAUGCACUUCCUUACAUUUUUCUCCCCUGGAUCCAAAGUUACUGAUAGUUACCAAUACAGCGGGGGAGGUAGCCACAAUAGACAUUGAGUGCGGUGAGUCCAUUUUUACUACCCAGGCGGUUAAAGAUGCUUAUUCUAAAGUUUCAGUGAAAGAAAUUGAAGUACAGGAGAAGCCAGAGAGGGUUAUCGAAACGUAUCCCGAGAUAUUCUCACGCCAACAUGGGCUAGAAUGUUGGACAGCGGAAUUUGGCCAAUUAGCACCAUUUCAAGAUGUGAUAUUCACAGGGGGAGACGAUGCAACCAUCAUGGCUCAUGAUCUACGUUCUCAUGAUGCUAUAUGGACCAACAAUCGGAUACAUGAGGCUGGUGUAGUAGGCAUUAAAUGUGCAACUCCUACUUUUAGACCCCACAAACCGACAUCGAUAAUUACGGGUUCGUACGAUGACAACAUAAGGUCACUUGAUCUAAGAAUGCUAGGCGACGCAAUAUAUCCUGCAGAUAAUAUACCGGCAGCACAAACAAGUAGCCGAAAUCUAGGUGGUGGUGUCUGGAGAUUCAGCGAAUGUCCUCAUUCAGAAGAUAAAUUACUAGUCUGCUGUAUGUAUGAUGGAGCCAAAAUUGUGUCGCUAGAUGAGGAGGCCACGGGGACAGAAGACUACUUUCAAGUGACCAAUUACUUGAAGAAGGGACACGAAUCAAUGUGCUAUGGGGGUGAUUGGGGCAACAAGUUCAUUGUAACAUGCUCGUUUUACGAUAAAUCUGUCCAAAUGUGGUGUCCCUGA